UUCAUUGGUCAUUUGUGUAGAUGCGUCCAGCCGCUCCAGUCUUCUCCCGACUCCCAUCCGCCUCAUAGCGUCCUGUCAACCGAAGGUUACAACAACUGGCUUGACGCCUGCUAACAUAGUCAUUGGUGCGCAUAUUUCAAUAAAAAAUUGUUUGCAUUUAAGUUUUUUUUCUCGCUCCCGUCUCCAGUUACCGCGCGGUGAGUGGAAAGAAGAGACAUAUGCGUCGAGAUAGUCGCUGCUGUUUUUUUUCCGUUGUAUUCCGGAGCGAGUUGGACGGGACAGCCAAGGCUCGACUGACUGAGUUUCCCGAGUAAUACCCACUGCCACGGUCGUCCACUCCCCCGAGAUGCUGCCCCGCCUGCGGGGUGUCCUGCGGCCCGUCCUCUCCCUGAGAGCCGGUAGGGGGCCGUUCGAAGCCGGACUCUUGAACCACCAAGCGGAAGCCUCGGUGUCUCUCCCGGGUGAGCCGGCCCCAAUGCUUCCGAUGUCCGCGCUGGUUCUGCGGCGUCACCUUGGCACACACCCGCUGAAAGAGCCGGUAGAGCCCCUCAAUUCUCCCCGCGGGGCCAAGGAGUUUAUUUAUAGCCUUCAUCCUUCUGAGCGCACUUGCUUGCUGCGGGAACUGCACAGGUUCGAGUCCAUUGCCAUAGCUCAAGGGCAGCUUGACAUUGCUCCACCUACUGCAGCACAGUUAAGAUAUGUUCUUCUGCACAAUGCACUCCCUUUUGUCGGAUUUGGAUUCCUGGACAACUGUAUCAUGAUUGUUGCGGGCACACAAAUUGAGUUGUCCAUCGGCGUGAUCCUUGGCAUUUCUACUAUGGCAGCUGCUGCUCUUGGCAACUUGGUGUCAGAUUUGGCAGGACUCGGGCUGGCAGGUUACGUGGAGGCUUUGGCGUCUCGACUGGGGAUGCAGAUUCCUGACCUGAGUCCAAAGCAGGCCGACAUGUGGCAGACCAGAGUCAGCUCCCACUCGGGCAAAGCCAUCGGCGUAGGCAUCGGCUGCAUCCUGGGCAUGUUCCCCCUCCUCUUCUUCAACGACGACGACAAGAAAGACGCCGACAAAGACAACAAGGACAAGACGCAAACGGCCGCGACCACGCACGACAGCAAGUGAGCUGAAGUGGACUUGCACUUUGGACCCGUGGACCAAAAUAGAUGCCCAAAUAGUCCAAAGCUUUAUAUCUCAUGCAAGAGUGUUACGAAAGUGAAGCACCGGGAUGUCUACUCCGCAUAUCAUCAUCACCAUCAUCAUCAUCAUCAUCCGUUUAUUUAUGGGAGCUGAAGGAGAUGGACACGGUUUUGACUAACAUCGGAUUUAAUUUCAUAUCCUCUUUUAUGAUGUAGCAGGUUCUGAAUAUCAUUUUAAAGAGCUCUCAAAUGAGAAAAAAACAGUGACAAGCUUUUUCAUGUUAAAUGGUAACUGUCAUAAGAUGUGUAUGCAUUUAUUCCAAAUUUUAAUGAGCCAAGACACACCUCUGCCAAUUGAAAAAAAAAAUAAACGAAGAUGCCACAAAAACUGUCGACGGUGUACUAAAAUAAUGACGUCUCAUCUUAAUUGACUUGGUCGGGCCUGUUUAGCUGAACACAAAGCUAUUCAGUUGCGUGACUGGCAACAGGUAAAUUGUACCUUCGGCCAUCUAGUGGAAGAGUAUUUAAUUGUUCUGCCUAUCAUUAUAGGUCGCUGGCAUAAAAAGAAAUUAUUUAUGACACCAAAUGUUUAUCUUUGUGGACCAAUGAACUGAAAAUGGCUACAUUCUCACAGGACCUCACAGUGCUUGAGAAUGAUUGCACUCUUGUGUCUCUAGUGCACUCUGUUGGUUAAGAUUCUCAACUUUUCAAGCCACACUAUUGUGACCUCUCGUGAUCACAUCCAAGAACCGCAGAAAUUACUCCUUUACAAAAGAUCAUAAUGUUCACUUUUGAAUUAUAGUUGUGGAAGUGCUACCCUACAUCAUAUGAAAAAUUUCAGACAGUUCGUCCCUCUCGCCUAGCUGAAUACAUUUUAGAAAUACCAACUUGUCAGUCACAUCUGAGAAUUUCUCUUUUCAUCAGCUGGUGUGCCCGUUUUGAAGGAGAGCAAGUAUGGCAUCUGUAAUCCUAAAAUGUAUUUGUUUUUAUUCCAUUCCCUCUUAGCAGGAUCGAAACUCUCGAGAUUCUGCAUACAGUACAGGCAUUCAAUUAGUUCUUCACUGAAAUUCUGUUUUUUUUUUUGUUCCAUAGACUUAACUGAAUGAAGGUAGAACAAGAGAAAAUGUGGCAAAUCAAACCUAUUUUGGCUUGUGAAAUAUGACAGCUGGAUGUGAUAUGAUUAUUUUAACAAAGCACACAAAUUGAGUAGGAAAUUACUAAGUUUAUGUCUUAACAUAAUUAAAUGGGAGUUGCCCCAUUCAUUUUACUCAUAUUUAACUUUAUUUAUCAUAUUGUACUUGAUGUUUUAUUUGUAGAGAACUGUAAAGUGACUGCAAGAAGCACUAUAAAAAAUGAGUGAAGACACACAACUUGAUAGUGUUAAAUGACUGCUCUUUGCUCAUUUUUAUUAUUAUUAUUAUUGUUGGUUAGUUGUCGGGACGACUGUUAUUUUGUGAGAGGCUUGGAAAUGCAUGUUCCGAACGGUAUUAUUUUUUUUCUUGAAUAAUUUGUUUUGAAACUUGAGAAGUGGUUCCAAGCCGCAUGCUCAUUCCAGCAUGGGUGUAAACGAUUUCUAGGUGAUAUUUUACAUUGGAUCUGCUUUUAUUAAAGACUCUCAAACAUCGA